AUGGCAGCGAGGCUCGAUCUUACAGUCCUAAAUACUGGAGUGACGUCGACAUUUAGAAGACCUGGUUAUCGAGAGUCAAUUCUCGAUAUUACUCUGGCGACUCCAAAAACUGCCAGUAGAAUCCAGGACUGGAAGGUCUCCGAGGAAUACACUGGAAGUGAUCAUCAAUCCAUCAUCUACUGGAUAGAAGAGACUACCCACCACGUACACCGAGAUUACGAAAGAUGCAGCUGGAAUACCAGGAAGUUGGACAUUGAUGCUCUACGAGAAUCCCUCACGCGGGGGUGGGUGACACUCGAAUCACAUCCGUUCCCAACUAACAGCAGCGAGACGGAAAACAUUGUAACAAAAACGAUGAAGAUUAUAACUGCAGCAUGCAAUGCUUCUAUGCCACGUCGUAAAACACAGGACUUGCGCCGGCCAGCAUAUUGGUGGACAUGCGAAAUCGCAGAGCUGAGGAAAAAAUGUCACCAACUCCGACGACGAGCAACAAGAGCUGCUAAGCACUCCCCAGCUCAGACCUACUACUCCAAUGAGUACAAGGCGGCCAAGAAGGAGCUCAAUAGAGCCAUCAAGUCCAGUAAAGGCAAGCUGUGGGCAGAAAUUUGCAACGACCUCAAUAACGAUGUCUGGGGCAAAGCCUACCAUAUAGUCGCAAAAGGAUUGGGUAGAACCUUACCAGAGCCGCCAAAAAGCCCGGCUAUGAUGAACCAGAUUGUUACUGAGCUCUUCCCAAACCACCCAGCGCGGAAGAAGAGUCGCUACAAGAACACCACCAAUGUGUUGCAGUUCACUGUUUCGGAACUGCAAACCGCAGCAAAAAACCCUGAAACUAGGGAAAGCACCCGGCCCUGA